UUGGUAGCAAAGAAUCACUAUAAGUUUCUCCGUCGAUAAAAUGGGUCCUACCUUGUUGCAGUUAUUCCAACUCAGCAUCAUUACGAGUUUCCUUUUAAGUUUAAUUCUUUCUUCAAGUUAUUCAAAUGUUUCUUCUCAAAACUUGCCUCCACCAGAGAAUCCGAAUUUUGAACAGGAACAACUUAUAUUAAAUCCAUUCAAGACAACAUUAAAUCAAGGUCUAACCUGUGGACAGUUGAUUGUAUCUCGAGGCUUCAAAUACGAACGUCACUUUGUAACAACAGAAGAUGGUUAUAUACUUGAGUUGUAUCGAAUCAUCAAUCCUUAUGCUCAAGCAGCUCGAGGACGGAACCUCAAGCCAAUUCUGGUUCUUCACGGUGGCUUCACAUCAUGUAGUAGCUUCAUGAUUAACGGUCCUGGUGGUCACAUAAAGGAAUGGAUCAAUGGUAAUCCUCCUCAUGAUACAUCGAAAAGUCUUGCUUUUGCUUUGGCUAAUCGUGAGUUUGAUGUUUGGCUGGGAAAUGACAGAGGAACCAGGUAUUCAAAUCAUACUCGACUGGAUCCAUAUAAAGAUCAUGAAUUUUGGAAUUUUACGUUCAUUGAAAUGGGCAAGUAUGAUGUACCAGCCAUGGUCGAUUACAUUAUUGAAGAAACAGGAUUUGAGAAAAUUGUUUAUAUUGGCUAUUCACAAUCAACUAUUGCAAUGCUAACUCUAUUAGCGAAACAACCACAAUUUGCCUGUAAAUUGGAUUUAAACAUUAAUGUUUCACCAGAAGCUUUUAUUGGUGACCAAAAAGGAAUCAGUUCCAUUAUACAACCAUCAUUAUUGCUCACGGAAAUCGGAUCAGAAUAUUCAGGUCCUGUAAUACCCUUCAUACAAGAAUUUGUUGCUAUUUUAUCGAUAUUAUGCACAAACGAUGCUGUUAAACCGAUUUGCUUUGAGAUUAACAAUUAUGUGUUUGGACCUGAUCGAGAAAUGAUUUCACCAGAUCAAAUCAAAGAACUAGUCAGUCAAGUGGAUCAAAUGUCACUUAAAAGUGUUCUGCAUUAUAUGCAAUCAUCCAAAUAUGAUCAAAUUCGUGAGUUCGAUUAUGGUCCAAAGAAAAACCUUGAAGUAUAUGGUUCGGAAGAGCCACACAAAUUUCCCUUUGAAAUUGUUCCAAUACACAAUUUAGUUAUCAUUAGUGGGUUAAAUGACUAUUUAGCUCCACAAGUAAGCGUUCAAAAGCUAAGAGACAUUUUGCCAGAUCGACCUUUUAUUGAUCAUGUGGUUACAUGGCCUCUGUGGUCACAUGUCGACAUCUUACUUGCUGAUGAAGCCUUUGAAUACAUGCAUAGCGUUAUUAUCGAUAUAGUCCGAGUACAUGGCGAAGACGUACAAGUUUCGUCUGAAAUUUGAUAUCAUUUCGAUUUAAACUCAUUAUAGCUGAUGUCAAGCCUAAACAAAUGCGAUGCACGUGAGGGUUUAUUUUACCUCAAAAAAUAGAGUUUCAUGUUCAUUAUUCGCUUUCAUUAAACAAAAGCAUUGACAUAUUUCGCUAAUUUAUUGCUAUUUUGACAGUUUUCGGAUCAAUUAUUAAGCAC